AGGAAAACAAGCUGUGGUAAGGACAUUUCGACAAUAUGCAGACGUCACAAUAUCUAAAUCAACUACACACCGCUGAUAAGUUGGCCGAGGAACCAUGGCCCGAAGAUGCCACUCUCUAUCAGCCAUACGAAGCGGAACAGAUUCUGUUGCCGGAAAACGCGAGCUGCCUGGCCGUAAAAGCCUACUUAAAAAUGUGCAAUUUACCCUUUUCGGUGCGCUCCUGUGCCAAUGCAGAGCACAUGUCACCGGGCGGACGCAUGACUAAAUUACCAUUUAUACGUGCGGGCGCAUUUAUAUUCGCCGAAUUUGAGCCGAUCGUCAAUUUUGUGGAGCAGAAAGACAUGGCGAUUGGAAGCUGGCAGGACGAGGAUGAGAAGGCCGAUAUGCGUACAUACGUCUCGCUUGUCGAAAAUAUUUUCACUAUGGCCGAGAUGUAUGUGAGCUUUAAGAACGAGCGCGUCUAUAAAGAGGUGACUGCCCCACGAAACGGAGUUGUCUUCCCCUGGCCAUUGAACCUGAUGCAGAACUAUAGCAAACGUCGAAAUGCGCUGCGUUUACUAAAAGUCUAUCAAUGGCACGAUUUGGAAAUAGAUGACGUAAUUGAAAAGGUGGCCAAAUGCUGUGAGACGCUCGAGUACAAGCUGAAGGAAUCUCCCGAAACGCCUUUUUUCUACGGCGAUCAGCCAUGUGAAUUGGAUGCCAUUGCGUUUGGUCACCUGUUCUCUAUACUGACCACCAACUUACCUAACAUGGCAUUGGCACAAACUGUCCAACAGUUUAAGCACCUGGUUGAGUUUUGCCGCUUCAUCGAUGAGAAAUACUUUCAGAGGAGCAACUAAAUUGCGUUCGUUGGAUAAAUCAACAUUUGGACCAGUCGACAAAGCAUAGAAGCUUGGAUCUUUAUAAAUGUUAUCAUGUGUUAUUGUUAUAAUAUAAUUACUGUCUGUUAGUCUACGCAUAAAAUUGGAAAACUACUUUCCACACUACUAUUUUAAAGGGAUUGACAUUCAUGCUAGCGGAAAUAACAUUUCAACUGAAAGGAAUAAUUUUAGUAAGCCUGAAGUUAUAGUUGUAAGCCCAUCUAAUGGCGAAUUUCGCCGGAUUUCGUAUACUCGAAGAUCAGGGGAGCUCAAUGUAUUUAUACCCAAUAUAUGAAUAAAAUGAUGUUGAAGUACUGAA